UCUGAUCAGCCAUGGCCAUGUAUGAGGUGGACAGAUCCUUAAUGGGGGGCAUGCUGGAGAUAAAAGGCUCGCUGUACCUGCGAUCAAACCACAUGCACUAUGACAAGCGCACCAUGGUGUCUGGCUGGCAUCAAAGUCGUGAAGCAGAACCUAAAGACUAUGAUGUUGGUGAAGUUCCUUUGGGCAAGAAGAAUUUGAGUUAUUCUUCAUAUAGGAGAUUUGGAAAUGCAGACUCAGAAGACUGGAACACUACAACACAGCAACAUUUAUCCCAGGUUAAAUUAAAAGAUGUAUAUAAAGUCAGAGAGGUCCCUAAGAAAAUUAUCAAUGAGGACAACAUUGGAAUUUUAGAUAUCAAAAGGCAAACUGGAUGUCCAGAAAAAGGAUUCGGAGCUGUUUUGCCACACCAUAGUAAAGAUCAUAUGAAAAUGCAUCUGGACACAACAUAUGAUACAGACUAUGUGGCCCCUCAUCCUUAUACAACAACUUUAAAAAUUUCAGAAGUCCCAAACUACUCUGCAGCCUACAAGAAAUGCCAUUCCCAGUUUACAGACCCAGCAGAUUACAGAAGGCACAGUAGAAACACCUGGCAAGAUGAAAGUGGCUUGUAUGCCAAUAGUCAAAUGAAGCAACUGUUGUUCAAGCCAACCGACCAUAUAACACCAAAAAUGUAA